GAGAGAACUAGGCAACUUAAUAGUUCUGUGCUCUCUGGAAUUUCAUUGCCAAUUGUGACUUUCUCUCACCCUCCAAAUCAACAUGCAGUAAAUUAUUCUAAGCACCUGGAAGUGGGAGAGGUGAUGAGAAUAGAGAGGGAGAGUAAACCGAAUACCAUAAGUUGCAUACCAACAGAUCUGUGUAUCAUCAUGAAUAAUUAGUUAGCCUUUCCAUGUCCCUUGGAAGUUUCAGCAAGCACCUAAGGAACACUUUAAGGAUGCUAAUCUCUCUCAGAAAAUGGGUGGUUUUAUUUUAAGAGCCUUCCUCAAUUCCUCUUAGCCUUUCAGCUACAUAACUAGUCCAUUAACUUAAGCGAUUUUAAAUAAAUGCCAGGGAAAAGGAAAAGGAAAGCUACAUAACCAAGUAAAUCUGUAUCUAGUUAGGAAAAAUUGGAUAAAGAGGGUGUUAUCAGCUGUUUGACAUACAGCUGAUAAAAUUACCUUCAGCUAGGCAUCCUUGAUGUCUGAUUACAGAAGUGAACCUAGCCCACGCACACACCUAACAUUUAUUUAAGAGACCAACAGAGGCUCUUCCUGGCUUUUAGGAAGAAGACUGGUAUGGGGAAACGUGUUUCUUGCUAAUUCUUCCAAGCCAUGGCACUUCCCAGCAAGUUCUUCCUUUGUUUUUGCUGCUUUGCCUGGCUCUGUUUUCCUAUUAGCCUUGGUUCUCAGGCUUCUAGGGGAGAAGCUCAGAUUGCAGCUAGUGCUCCAUUGGAAACUGAGGCUGAGCCUCAGUCCUCUCUGCAGCCUCUAGAUGGGAGACACAGACCUGGCCUCCUUUCCCCUCUCUUUAAGGUUCUGUACGAUGGGCAAAUGGAGGCCCCCAGGCUGCAGCCAGAUGACAGAGCUUUGCACUAUAUGAAGAGGCUCUAUAAGGCAUGUGCUACCAAGGAGGGGAUCCCGAAAUCCAACAGAAGUCACCUCUACAACACUGUUCGGCUCUUCACCCCCUGUGCCCAGCACAAGCAGGCUCCUGGGGACCAGGUGACAGGUACCCUCCCAUCAUCAGUGGACCUGCUGUUUAACCUGGAUCGUGUUACUGCUGUUGAACAUUUACUCAAGUCAGUCUUGCUAUACACUUUCAACAACUCCGUUUCUUUUCCCUCUCCUGUUAAAUGUGUGUGCAACCUGGUGAUAAAAGAGCCAGAGUUUUCUAGCAAGACUCUCCCAAGAGUUCCAUACUCAUUUACCUUUCACUCACAGUUUGAACUUAGAAAGAAAUACAGAUGGAUUGAGAUUGAUGUGACGGCUCUCCUUCAGCCUCUAGUGGCCUCCAACAAGAGGAGUAUUCACAUGUCUGUAAACGUUACGUGUGUAAAAGACCAGCUGCAGCAUCCUUCAGCGCAGGACUGUCCACUUAACAUGACUCUUCUGGUAGCCCCCUCACUGCUUUUAUAUCUGAAUGACACAAGUGCUCAGGCUUAUCACAGGUGGUAUUCCCUCCACUAUAAAAAGAGGCCUUCACAGGGUCCUGACCAGAAGAGAGAGCUGUCUGCCUAUCCCAUGGGAGAAGAGGCUGCUGAGGGUAUAAGAUCGUCCCGUCACCGGAGAGAUCAGGAAACUGUCAGCUCUGAAUUGAAGAAGCCUCUGGUUCCAGCUUCAUUCAAUCUGAGUGAAUACUUCAAACAGUUUCUUUUUCCCCAAAAUGAGUGUGAGCUCCAUGACUUUAGACUCAGCUUUAGUCAGCUGAAGUGGGACAACUGGAUUGUGGCUCCACACAAAUACAACCCUCGAUACUGUAAAGGGGACUGUCCCAGGGCGGUCGGACAUCGGUAUGGCUCUCCGGUUCACACCAUGGUGCAGAACAUCAUCCAUGAGAAGCUCGAUUCCUCAGUGCCGAGACCAUCCUGUGUACCUGCCAAGUACAGCCCUUUGAGUGUUUUGGCAAUUGAGCCUGAUGGCUCAAUCGCUUAUAAAGAAUAUGAAGAUAUGAUAGCCACUAAGUGCACCUGUCGUUAACAUAGGCUCCUCUCAAGUAAAACCGUGAGUCUCCUGGCCAAAGUAAAUAUCGUGCGGCUGUCUGCCUUUGGGAGAAAGUUUCAUGUAUCAAAUCUCUAAAUGUAAUGCAGUGUGUUGUGUAAGGAGGAGCCUGUGUAGAUUAGCACAUUCUGUGGCAUCUAUCACUGUAAAGGGAUAACAGCUGCCUUUCUCAUUUCCAAAUGUAAAUAAAAUGUACUUCUUUGGAAAGCUUUAAA